CGACCGCUGGGGAAGCUGAUGCUGCGGGGACCGCGCAUGCGCACUGCGCCACACGAGGAAGCCCACACGAGGGAGCUGCAGCGAGUUCUUGUAGUUCAGUUCAUGAGAAACAAGAUCUACUCUGCAAAAUCUUCAAAGCCAAACAAGCCAGGAUCAGGAAAUAGAAAGAAUCCACAAUACGUUUGGGGAGCACCAGCAGUUUCUUUCAAUUUUAGGAAAGCACCACAGACUGUGGUUGAUGAUGUUGCUAUUCCUGAAGACUUUGGAGAUUUCUCACUUGCUAAGACAAUCAGUAUAAUCGAGGACAGAGUUAGUGAUGAUCUCACUGAGGAACUCUUGCAGGAUGACAUCAUGCCCAGUGCCGGAGAAGAGAUGGGUGCAGAAGCUCAAAUCAGAUUUUUGAAGGCUAAACUUCGAGUAAUGCGGGUAGAAUUGAACAGACUUGAAUAUGAAUGCAACAAAUAUGAAUGCAACAAGAAGGAUGAUGAAAACAGCACUUUAAGCAGCAAACCGAAGGACAUAGAGGAGGAAAGGGCAAGACACCAGAGGACUACAAAUGUCCAACAGACUCAAGUUGUGAAGCAAAGCGCUUUAGCUGAAGAAUCAAGUCGGACGUGUGAAGGACUGCAACAGCAAGUGGAAGCACAAAAGGAGUUGGAGAGCAUGAAGAGGACACACAAGCAGGCAGCCAGUACCCAGAGUGCAACAGAGGUGCGGCUGAAUAGAGCCCUUCACUGAAGAGGAGUUCAUGAAAGCUCUGGAUUGGGGAAAGGGUGGUGUCUCAUAGGUUUCAGUUUUGUAUUUUGUAAAUAGGUUGAAAAUAGAUAAAAUGUGUCCAACAAAUAACUUCAAUUUCAUUCACUGUUUGACAAUCUUUAAACAUCAUUAAAAUAAUAUUCA